UCAUCAUACAGACACCAUAGAGACACAGAAUCUGGUUUUCACCACAGAGCAAAAAGGAGCAGACACGCUGAGAUGACAGCUUGCAGCUUCAACAUCAUCAACUUCACAAUUUAUCUGGGCUUCAUCUUACAAUCGAGCCAUGGCUUUGAGGUGAUUCAGCCACAGAGUCGGACCGUAAACCCUGAUGAGUCAGCCUCAGUCACCUGUGAACACAACGCAGAUGUCCAGACUGUCGAAGAUGUUGGACUUUAUGCCAUACCACUAACAGACAUCUCAGCCAGACAACUGCUCUGCCGGAAGGGGAAGAAAGACUGUAAGAACAUUACCAUGCUUGAAGAGAAUCCCAAAAAGUGGCUUUUUGUCAUACUCAACAUUGGGCCACAGGAAAUGAACAAGAAGUACGUGUGUGAGUUCACAGUGAAAAUAAAUGAUCUAGAUAAGACCAAGAGAGGAACACCAACCAUACUGCUGCCAGGUCGAAAGGAAGUGCCCUGCGUACCUCACCCUACACCUCCUGCGUCUCAUCAGCUCAGGUGGAUUAUGAUUGGUCUGCUGGCUCUGAUCUUUCUGUACAGCUGUGUCAUCACCUCCUUCUACAUCAGUCUGAGGUGCUGCACCCGAGAGCCCGAGAACUGCACCUAUGUAGAAAUGAGGAAAGCUCCUCAGCCAAGGAAUCAACCUAUGGACAUUUAUGGGUAGUUGGCUCGUCUUUCUUCACCUCUGAUCUCAUGCUGAGUGUAAAGAGAGGGAACACAUGCAGCUGGUAUCAUAGUCUCAAUCUUUUUUUAUAUAUGUGUUUUUUUCUAAAUUAGUUGAAAACUGUACUACUGAAGAUAAACAGCAGGGUGAGACAAAGACAGUCUAGAGCGACCAUGCCGUCUGCUACUGUGCAUUAUGUGCUCUCUGAUAUUAGCCAUUAUAUUGGAUAUAAGUGGAUAUGUAAGAUGUAUUAUUAAUUUAACCCCAAUCACUGCUUUCAACAUCCAAGUUAGUGGAAGCUAUGUAAUGCUUACACUAAGUGAUUUCAUGUAUAUGAUCCCCAAAAGAUUCCGUGCCCCGGUUUUUAUGUAUGGUUCAACUUUGGUGAACGGUGACAAUUUUACAUUUUCAAUAACUUUCUAUUGAACUAAAUGGUGUAUGAUGGUGAACAAAGGUGUCGGCACUGGCCAGGGCAAAGUAAACAGAACAGUAGAGGGAAAAUAAAGAGAAGUCCUUGGAGAUAUUGUGGCCCUCGUCAAGCUUCUACCCACCACCUAUUUCGUAUGGACGAGCAAACGUCACUUUGUGGCGUGACCGCUGCAGAAGCAAAUACAUUUGAUCUUGCAAAAUUGAGGAAAAUACAAACGAUAAUUAAAAGGUUAUCACCAGGGAAAGAGAGAACAGGAGGCAGGGAAGAAGGCUGACAAUGAAGUGAAUGAAAAACUGCUCUUCUAUAAAGCCCCAUCCUGCCACGACCCAAACCUCCCCAAAUAGAUUUGGUUUUCCCGCUGAUGAUGCAUGAAGUCCACAUCCCUUACAUUUACAUUAUAAAUGAUAAUGUUACUAAAUUGUGUUCAUUUCCAUUGUGUACUGAAUGUACUUUAUUUUAAACUAUGUAAUUUGCGUAGCUUUUUUCGUCACUAUGAUCACGCACUUGCACAAUAAAGUUCAUACUAUUGUUGAUAUUUUUCUUUAAUAGGAUACAUUUUUAAUGCCUGCUGCUUGUCCCAGGGGAAGGUUUGGUGGGCCUCUGUCCAGUCUCCUGUAGCACUUUAGGGCUUUACUAGUAUGAAGGCAGACUUUCUUUUAAAACGUUUCUUAAAACACAAGUUCACACACCCAUUUAGAUCUGCAGUUAGGUGUGCUUGUUGAUUACUAUCGGUUACUAUUGUUCGUUUGAUAUGGCGUGGCUUCACAUAUUGACUGUUAUUUUCAUUGGCUGAUUUUGUCAUUUUUGCUGUCUGUGUAGUUUUAGUUUUAUUGAUAUAGUCUGAUUUGUUUUUUGUGUUUGUUUUAACUGCUGUCGGUUUCUGUGUGGACCUCAGGAAGACUAGCGACCACUUUGUGGAAGCGAAUAGGGUUCCAAAUAAAGAAUGAAGAAUAAAAAGCAUGGUUGGAGAAGCCUUUUAAACAGGCGUUUAUUGGCUCACUUGGUAGAGCGUGCGCCCCAUGUACAAAGCCUCAGUUCAAUUUUGACCUCAAUAACGUUAUCAUAUCUCUUCUAACAGAUGUUUCUAGGCAUUUACUUUUCAGUUAAAACAAUCAGAUUCACCCAUGUAUUUCACAGGCCAAUCACAGCUAGGAUUGUGUACCGUUUGGAUUUUUACGAUUCCGAUGCCGAACCGGUAUUUUUAAAGCGAUUCCGAUUCCUAAACCGAUUCUUGAAAAACUGAAAAAUGACA